CAUUAUUAUAACAACAUAGGAAAAUAAUUUUUUGAUAUUUGGUCUUGUGAAUACAUUCUCUACCCUCUUGAUCAUCUUUCAUUACAAGAAAAUUUAAGUAAAGGAAAUAGAAAGAGAGAGAUGGAGGAAGAGAGAGAGUCAACAACAAGAUAUUGGUGCUAUGCAUGUUCUAGAGUUGUUAAUCCAGUUAUGGAAGUUGAAUCACUCAAAUGUUCACAAUGUCAAGGUGGAUUCGUGGAGGAAAUGGGUAGCGUUCGGGGUCAGAACCGCCGUUCUGACCCUGAACCCGGUAUCUCAUUGUGGGCCCCUCUCAUGCUUGGAUUGCUCAACUCCCCUCGUGGGAAUCGAGGAUUAGAGGAGGAAACAAACCAAGAAAAUGGUCAUGGUUCUGAACAACAUAGUCAGCAUGAAGGACAGCAGCAGCAGCAGGAGCCGGGCCCUGAAGUAAGGAGCAGGGCCAGCGCUGCUGCUCUCCUUCAUCUUUUACAUGGUAUCAGAGCUAGUCUUGCAGCAUCUGCACCUCAGAAUAAUGAAGAGGGUAGAGGAGAAAAUAACCGUGACACAGAGCGAGAACGUGAACGUGAACGUGUUAUUUUUAUUGAUCCUUUUAAUCAGACUAUAAUUGUUCAAGGUGGUGGUAAUACUGGCAACCCGUUUGAUUUAACCAAUUCGGCACAAAACAACCCUUUUGGUUCAUUUGGUGAUUAUUUCUUGGGACCUGGUUUAGAGCAACUUCUACAACAUUUAGCCGAAAAUGACCCAAACCGAUAUGGUACCCCACCGGCCCAAAAAGAAGCGGUAGAGGCAAUGCCAACUAUAAAAAUUGAAGAGGAUUCUGUUCAAUGUUCGGUUUGUUUAGAGGAAUUUGAGAUAGGGGCUGAAGCACGACAAAUGCCAUGUAAACAUAGCUUUCAUGGUGAUUGUAUCUUGCCAUGGUUAGAACUUCAUAGCUCUUGUCCAGUUUGCCGUUAUCAAUUGCCUGCAGACGAGUCAAAGGUCAACCGCAAUCAGGACGGGUCAAGGGGUAAUUUGAUACAUUCAAAUGGUGAAACAAGACAUGGCGGGAAUAAUGAAGAAAGGCGGUUUUCUGGUAGUCUUUUCUGGCCCUUUAGUUUGUUUUCACCUAGGUCACCUACUUCAAGGGAAAAUGGGUCAUCGCCACGUGUCCAAGAAGCUGAUCAUAGGGAAGAUGGUCUCUGAAAUGUUUGUUGACUUUGACUUUUUUCUAGAAUGGGUUGGGGUGCCAAGUCAAGUUUUUCUCUUUGAAUAUUCUGUCUAUAGUAUCCUAUCCUAUCCUGUCAAAUAUUUCAAUGUGCAUAAAGAAAUAGAUUCAACUCAA